AUGCGGUUUAAAUCUGUCUGUCAUGGUCAUGCUAAUCUGGAGAGCCCUCAAGAUAUUGAGGUCUACAUUGUGAAUACAAACUUCACUCUAAGGUGGAACUACUCGGAGGAUGGCACCCCCGUGGUGUUUUCAGCUCAGUACUGCUGCUCUGAAGACUGUCAGUCAAGUGAAAUGGAAUGGAAAAAGUUGGCUGGGUGUCAAAAUGUCACUGGUACCAGAUGUGACUUUUCCUCGGCAAUAACCGAAUAUGACAUCGAAUAUUACGUGCGUUUAAGGGCUGAAACGAGGGAAGACAAAUCUCCAUGGUCCAGUUAUUUUGAAAUGAUUCCAUCUGAAAUGGCUGAGAUUGGUCCCCCAGAAAUAGAGUUGCAGUCUACAAACGGAGUAAUAAAAAUCAAGCUUUCUCCUCCAGAAGCAAAUCAAGCCCAAAAAAUGUGGAUAGAUGAUCUGAGUUUUAAAUAUAAUGUAGUUAUCUGGGAAAACUCAUCAAAUGCAGAGCUCCGAAAGCAAAGUAUUUUUCCUACUGACACAAUCCGUGAUCUGGCUCCAGAGACUACCUACUGCUUGAAAGUACAAGCGUACCGGCCACUGGAAAAGGAAGGCUUAUUCAGCCCCGUCCACUGCAUAAAAACCACUCGUAAAGUAAAAGAUCUACUUUGUCCAACCAAUGUGAGAGUUUCUGCCUUGAACAUGAAGUUUCACCUUCACUGGAAGAGUCAGUACAAGGGAAGUGUGAGAUACACCGUGCAGUAUCUCCUGGCGUUUAUAAAGAAUAUUCCUGGUGAUCAGUCAAAAAAAUGGCUCUCUGUACCUGGAUGUGAAAACAUCACUAAUACAAAAUGCAACUUCACAUCUAUCAUCCCGCCUUCUCCUGGAUUGUAUUACCUCCGUGUACAGGCAAUGAGUGAAUAUAAUAGAUCGUGCUUGUCCUAUGAAGUAAAAGUAGAUCCYCUGAUAACAAAUGAAAUUGGCCCUCCCGAUGUAAAAGUGGACGUCAGUGAUGUUUUGCUCCACAUCCAGAUUUCUCCUCCAGGAGGGUCUGAGAACGAGGCCUUGCGAAAUUAUGGCUUGUCUUACCGCGUUCUCUACUGGAAGAAUUCAUCAAAUAACGAGGAGGAAGCAAAAAUGAAAGUGGUAAAACAGAGAAUUGCGACGGUUUCUGAUCUAACGCCCGCCACAUUUUACUGUGUGAAAGCACAAGCGUUCUCCGAGACUUACAACAAAAGCAGCCCCUUCAGCAAGGAAGAAUGCAUUCUAACACCCCGAGAUAAAAUGUUGCCUCUGAUCAUCCUAGCAACAUUCCUAGGUGCCCUGAUUGCUAUCUUGGUUGUUGCAGUGCUUAUCAUUUUUGUCCUGUAUCAAGCAUAUAAUAAGAUCAAGUAUGUGUUCUUUCCAUCAUGCCACCCUCCUUCAAACAUAGAGGAUGUCGGAGGACAACCUUUCAGCAGUCCCUAUCUGCUAACUGAGGAGCCAACAGAAAACUUCUGUAUAAUUGAGAGUAUCAUCACGGAAGAAACAAAGCAAACUGAUUUUGGAGAGGGCCAACAUCCUAAACCGUGCAGUCGAGAUUCAGGCAAUUACUCUUAUGAUGAUGAUGAUAAUUCAGGGAGCAAAGCGUCAGAAGGAAAGGAAAUAGUGUAGCAUAAGAAAAUAAAACUCAUUUAUAGGACUAGCCAUAUAACAGGCACUUAAACUUCCUUAUUAUGAAGGUCUCGGUGAAGAAAGAAGGACUUUGGGUUCUGGGUGCUGAAGCUGCCAAACCCGCAGUUUGCUAGUGGCAAGUUACAGUCCUCUCUGCCGCCAGUGGACUCGAGGCAAGGCACAGCUGAGUUCUACUAACGUGGGCCGUUUUGACUGAAUUCUUGCUUUAUGAUAAGAAGACUGCCAUCUGACCAGAGAGGAGUAGAUCUGUGCACUUCGUGUACUUGAACCUGAGAACAUCAGUGGCAGUCUGCUGAUGUUCGUUCUGCAAAACUGUUCUUGCUGUGUAGGAGCUGUGGUUUGACUGCCAGCAUGUACCGUGACAGAAACCUUGUUGAUCCAACGCGUUGGGUCAGCGUGCGUUUACACAGGCA